AUGUCCGAGACCGAGAGCUUCGACAUUGUCCAGCCCGAGGAGGCUGUCGCUUCUCCUACCGAGGCCCACGCCGAGCCCGAGAGCCCACACGCAGCGACUCCUGCCUCGCCUGAGACGCCGGCUAAGGAGAAUGGGGACAAGAAGCCAGUUGUGAAGCGACCUGGGGCUGCUUCAGCCACGAGCGCUACUCGUCGCCCAGGUUCGACGUCGACGGCUACCAAGCCUACCGCGGCCAGCACUCGUACUGCUACUGGUCUGAGCAAGCCCCCGACUCGACCUCCCACCUCUACUGUCCGCAGGACCGCGACCUCAUCGACCUCGACCUCGAGCCACAAGAGCAGGCUCAGUAUGAGCGCGAGCGAAGACGACAAGAAGUCGACCACCUCGAGCGCUUCGGCCCGCAGGACGAGUUCUAUCAUGUCUAGCCCUGGCAAGGCAGCUGAGAGGAGGCCUCUUAGCUCUGCUACUGGCUCAGCUACUGCGACACGAAGACCCGGAACCACGACCACCACGACGCCGCGAACUGCGACAGGCACCCGAACCUCGACCGCCCACCCCCCCUCGGCGACACGAACCACUGCCACUCGAACAACGAGUGCCACCCCUACUAGCGAUGCCCGAAAGCGCCUCUCUACGUCAGGACCUCUGACUGCUUCUCGCACCGCGGUCCGACCCACUUCCGCUUCUUCGGAGGCUACCAAGGAGAUUGAGUCGCUCAAGGCUAAGCUGGCUGAGAGCGAGCACGAGAUUGAAGCUCUGAAGGCUGAGGUGAAGACCUCGGAGGAGAAGCUUGCCGAACUCACUGAGCAGGUCCACAAGGCGGCAGGUGACGAUACAGGUUCCCAUACCAUUGGCGAGGACCUUGCCGCUAUCAAGGCUGAGCAUGAGUCGACUGUUGCUGCCCUAACGGGAGAGGUAUCUGAGGCGAACGAGAAACUCGAGACUGCGCAAGCUGAGCUUGAGAAGCUCCAGACAGAGCUUGACGCUGCAGUGGCCGCCAAGGAGACUACUGAGAGCGAGCUUGAGUCACUGAAGGAGCAGCUUGAGGCCGCUCUGGCUGAGAACGUAGAGCAGCUCGAAUAUAGCAAGUGGGAACUCCAGAAGGCCAUUGACGAGCACGCUUCUCAGAUUGAAGAGCUCAAGUCCUCUCUUGAGGCCCAGAAGACAUCUGCCAUCGAGGCUCUGGAGAGCAAGCACAAGGAGGAGCAUGACAAGGAUCAGGCCGAUGUUUCCUCCCACGAGACUGCUCUGGCGGAUCUCAAGGCCAGCCACGAGGCCGCUGCCGCUGAGCUGCAGAAGAAGAUCGACGAAUUGACUGCGUCUCAGUCUGCCCUCGAGUCCGCCAGCGACGACAAGCUCAAGUCUGAGCAGGAGGCCCACACAGCCAAGAUUUCCGCCCUUGAGGCUCAGGUUGCUGAUACUAAGGUUGCGCUCGCGCUUGCCGAGACGACUGCUCAGACGGCCAAGGCUGAGGUUGCAUCUCUGAACGACGAGAUUAGCAAGCUUCGGAGCAGCCUGGCUGAGAAGGAGACUGAACUUGAGGCUGCCAAGCAAGAUCUCACCAAGGCCCAGGAGGAGGUUGCUGCCGCUAAGGCUGAGGCCGAGGAGGCGCAGAAGGCUCUCGCUGAGAAGGAGGAGGAGAUUGUCAAGGUCAAGGAGAUGCAGGAAGAGCGAAUGAAGAGCAUUUCCCAGGACUACGAGCAGGAGAUUGAGUCUCUCCGAGGAGACGCCUUCUUCAAGCGCAAGUUUGAGGAGCUUGAGGGUCAGCACAAGGAACUCGAAGACCAGCACAACGAGCUCAAGGCCUCCACUUCAGAGGCUCUCGAGGCUGCUAAGGCUGAGCACGCUGCUGCUAUCGCUGCUCUGGAGGAGAAGCAGGCCGAGCACCAGAAGAACCUUGAUGCUCUUCGUGCCAGCCAUGCUGAGGAGCUUGAGUCUUCCAAGAACACUGCGGCCGCUGACCGGGAUGCCCGCAUUGCUGAGAUUGACUCCCUGAAGGAGAGCCACGCCAAGCAGCUGGAGAUUCUAAAGACCGAGGACGCGUCCACCCACACCGACGAGCUCGAAGCCCUUAAGGCUGCUCACGCCAGCGUUCUGGAGUCGCUCAAGAAGGAGCAUACUGAGGAGAAGGAGAACCUCAUCGCUAAGCUCAAGGCUGAGCUCGACGAGGCCCGAGAAGCUGGCGAGGUUGCUCACGCCACUGAGAUUGCCAAGCUGAAGGCUGAGCUGGAUGAUGCUCGAGAAGCAGGUGAUGCUACUCACGCAGCUGAGCUGGAGGCCCUUAAGGCUAAGGCCGAGGCUGAUAAGGAAGCGAGUGACAAGGCGCACGCCGAAGCCUUGGCCAAGGCUCUAGAAGAGAUCGAGGCCGCGAAGACUGCUGGCAACGACUCUCAGGCGGCCAAGAUUGCUGCUCUCGAGGCUGAGCACCAGGCUGCCAGAGAAGCGACUGAAAAGGCCCACAGCGAGGAGAUCCUGGCAUUGAAGAGCCAACUAGAGGCCCAGAGCGCGGACGACAAGAAGCACGCCGAGGAGUUGGCCUCCUUGAAGGCUGAGCUUCAGAACGCCAAGGAUGAGCUUGAGAAGGCGCAGGCUUCCAAGAAGCAGGCUAUUGAGGAGGCUCGCUUCGAGCUUGAGCAAGAACACGCUGCUGAGGUUGAGAAGCUCCUGUCUUUCAACGGCGAAGUCCUGGAGCGUAUGAAGAACGAGGGCGCCGAGGCCAAGAAGGAGCUCGAGGAGCUUACUGCUGAUCACACCAAGGCUAUCGAUGAGAUGAUGACACAGCACCGAAACAACGACACUCAGCUGGAGAGCAAGAUUGAGAAGCUGACGGAGGCCAACCAAGGUCUGGAGGCUGAACUCAACAAGGCGAAGGCUGAACUCGAUAAGGCUCAGGUUGAGGUUGAGGAGCUGUCUCACCAGCUGGCUCAGGAGAAGACUGAGCGAUUCACAGCGCUCGCUGAGCUUGAGGACGCAAGGAACGUCAAGCCUGAUACUUCUGAGGUGGAUGCCCUGAAGAGGGAGAUCGCCACAAUGAAGAAGUUCCAUGAGGAUGCCCUUGCUGGCGUUGAUGCCGAGCUCAAGUCAACCACUGGUCGCUACGAGAGUGCACAGGGAGAUCUGACUGCUGCUCAGACUCAGCUGGCAGCUUUCAAAGACGACUUGGCCCUUGCGCAGAAGGACCUUGAAGCUGUCAAGGCUGAGGCUGAGGCCAAGCAAAAGACCGCCAAGGCUGACUACCAGGACAUGCACGACAGCCUGACUGGCAUUGCUGAGGAGGCUCAGAAGACGGCUAAGGAUCUGGAGGCGAAGCUUGCCGAGGCGCUGGCCAAGGUUGAGGAUGGAGAGAAACAGGUGGAGGUUCUCGAGGCCCAGAUCAAGGUCAAGGAUGCCGAGAUCGUUGAGGCCAAGGCCAACGCCGCCAUCGCCAAGCCCAAGGGACUCGCAGCCAGCAGAUUUGCCAACGCAGAGGAGGGCGACGACGCCGCCGCUGCGAAGGAUGAUGCGGCGGAAGGUGAGGAGAUUGAUGAUCAUUCCUCAGUAGCACUUGCUUCGAUAAGUAAGGCUAGACUGACGGCCAAGCAAAUGGAUACCCUCGAUAGGGAGAUGAGGGAUCGUAACUUGCAGCUGUUGAAGUCGAUCACGGACGUCAAGUCGCCCGCUCUGGGCUCUGACCGACAGUACAACUAA